AUGAAUUUCCCCGUGCUUCGACAGUUCACUUUUAGUUCGGCACUUCGGCGGAAUGUCGGUGAUCAGUGGAUCGACGAAGAAAAGAAAGUGAAGAGGAAAAAUUAUGCUUUAUGUAAAAUAAAAAUCACGUGCACUCCCUCUGUGAUCCGGGCCGUGCCCGUGGAUUUUCAACGAAUCGUCAAUUCGUACACUCAGAAGGGGUUAUCGUUGAUUGCGGUAGCCCGUCGAGACCUGGACCCUGACAAGAAG